UCUUAUUUAUAAGUAAAGUAUUUUAAGUUACAAAUAAAAAUAAUUUAGAAAAAAUAUUUGAACUUAUAAAAAGAUGUCAUCAUCAGUCAGUCUCUAUGGAUUGGCUACAUAAAAACGGAGAAGGGGAAGGCGUUGGAAGGGGAAAUAAGCGUGAUGGGAAAAGCAGGAGGGAGAAGAAAUUCUAACCUAAAUUAUGUGAAAAGAAUUAUAACCAAAAUUUAAGAUACAUCAAAAGUUUUAAUUCAUUGCUGUUGAAUGUAUAAAUAUCAUUUGUUAAAUAUCAGGGUAAUUUCUGCAAAUGAGACCUGUCUUAAGAAAAAUUAUUGGAUCUGUUGCUGAUAUUGUAAAAUACGCAUGUAUUGUUCAUUGUACAUUAGAAUAUGUUGGAGAUUUUGUAAUAUGUAGUGGGCCUUCGAUGGAGCCAACCCUUCAUACAAAUGACGUUUUAUUGACGGAACAUUUCACCCCAAGACUCAGGGAUAUUAAAAGAGGCGAUAUUCUUAUUGUAAAGUGUCCCACAGAAUGUGAACAGUUGAUAUGUAAAAGGGUAACAGCCCUUCCAGGCGAUAAAGUCCAAGUUGGAUAUCAGUCUUCAGUAGUUAUACCUAUGGGGCACAUGUGGCUAGAAGGCGAUAAUUAUUUUAACUCAUUAGAUUCCAGAUCUUAUGGACCUGUUCCUCAGGGAUUAGUUCGUGGAAGAGCGUUAAUGAAAGUCUGGCCGUUCAGUAGCGCUUAUGUUCUUAAAUAAGUGUGUAGGUAUUAUAUAAGUAAGUCUUAAAGUAAUGUUAUUAGUGCUUAAGAUUGAAAUUUUUGUAUUAUUAUUGCUAAAUCAAUAAAAACUGAAAGCUCCUGUAUUAUUGCUGGUAAUUAAAAAGAAUGAAAUAA